GUUGGAGCGGCCUCCAGUCACCAUGGCUCCUCCACCUGCUGACCGCGUCGCGAGGAUAAUGCUUUCUUGGCACUCGCUCGACCUCGUCUCGUGCACCACACUACAAACUUUGUGGGCAGGGUACGGACACAUCUGUGCCAUCACUGCCCGAGCUACCACCGACGAAGCGGCGGAGCAUGUGGGCAAGCUUUGCGGGCUGGACUCGGGAGCCGCUGGAACCACCUAUCCUCUCAUCCUGAAGCUCAUCUCACCUCCAAGGAAAAGCGCGGGAGAUGAGGAUGAGGGCCACCUGCGAAAGAUCCUGAGUUACGAGGUAGAGCAGUACUUUUACAGUGAUGUGGUUCCGCUGCUAGGCGACGACAUUGCGGUUGCCAAAUGCCUGGUUUCGACGCGAGACAUAGAUGGCGUGGAGGGACUCGGAGAUCUGAUGGCCACCGUCAUGGUCGAUCUGCGUCCAAAGUUUCCCGUCGCAGGCGGAAAGAGGAGCGUGCUGAGCCGCACACAGGUCUGUGGGGCGCUGGACUGGCUGGCCCGCUUCCACGGCCGCUCGUGGGGACUCUUGCCAGAUGGUCUUGACGAAUAUCUCUUACCACCCCUCGAAGAAUUCCGUAGAAGACAGACCACAGGCAAAGAUAUGGGGAGCGGGCUGUGGCUGAACGGCGGGUAUACCUACCUUGCGACACGACGUCAAGAAUACGCUUCGCUAGCUCAAGACACCGACUCGGAGUGGUCAAAGGCCAUGUGCACGGCCUCAGAAGGCUCUGAACUCUCCAUCGCUGAGAUGGCUGCAUUGUUCUUAACCCCUUGUGGCAGGUCGAUUGAAUCGUACAUUCAUGGCGACGUCAAGUCAGAGAAUCUCUUUACAACAACUAGCGGAGACGAGGUAGCGUUCUUUGACUUUCAAUAUGUCGGGCUCGGCCUGGGUGUCUGUGACCUCGCCAAACUGUUUACCUGCUCGGUCCCUCUGCGUAUGCUGGUUGACACGGAUGAGCCGGUGCCCAAGCAGCUGGCGAUGUGUGAUGGGGAGAAGCAACUGCUCAAGCGGUACCGCACGAAUCUCCUCCAGAAUACCGAAUCGGACCUGUAUGAAUGGGAAACAUUCAAACGACACUGGGAGACGGCUCUGGUGGAUUGGUGUAGGUUCCAGGCCUCCUGGGGCUUUUGGGGAAACACGGAGUGGCUCGAGGCCCGUGUAAGAUCAAUUUUAGCCGACCAGGAAUGGAGAGACUGGCUGCAUCAGGCUAUCAGCAGCAGGGGCGGUUGAGGGUGAACCCGAUAAGCGGAGCUCCAUCAAGCGCGUUUGAUUCUGUAUUAAAGAUUCCCGUUAGGCCCUAACAAAUUAAGCAGGGUUUCCG